CUCGUGCUCUCAAUCCAGUCGCGUCCUUGAUCCUCAAACCUCUUGCUCGAUCUUUCACGUCGUCAACUUCUUUAAAUAUCAUGUCUGCUGGUAACAAGCUCUUCGUCGGUAACCUCGCCUGGUCUACCGACACAAACAGCCUCACCCAGGCUUUCAAUCAAUACGGCGAAGUCGUCGAUGCAAUCGUCAUGCAAGACCGCGAAACCGGACGAAGCCGUGGCUUUGGUUUCAUUACCUUCUCAAACCAGGAUCAGGCCCAAGCCGCAAUCGAUGCCUUGAACGAAGCUGAUGUUGAUGGUCGCAACAUCCGAGUCAACUUUGCUACCAGCCAAGGAGGCGGCGGUGGUGGCGGUGGUGGUGGUGGCCGAGGAGGCUACCGAGGUGGCGGUGGCGGUGGUGGAGGCUACGGUGGCAACCAAGGUGGCUACGGUGGUGGUCAUCAAGGUGGUUAUGGUGGUCAACAAGACAACGGUUAUGGUGGUGGUGGAGGCUAUGCAGGAAACGGCCAACAAGGUGGAUGGCGUCAAGGUGGUAACCAAGGUGGUGGUGGUGGUGGCGGUGGUGGUUGGUAAACUUUGUGAUCUCGAGGUGAAAUCGACCCGGUGUUACCGGUAGUCGCUCCAGCUGCUUGUUCAGACAUUCAUUAUCAAAAUUAACCGACUCAAAAUUUUGUCGAUAAGUAUGGUUACUUCCUGCGUGUCAAUGACAAUCGCAUCUAUGUUAUGUUGAAGCUGGUCAGCAAAAUUAUAAAAACAUUACCACGCCCGAACAAUGUUUGAUUACAGCCCUUCAACACUUC